AUGUCCAGCGGUAAUGGCGAGUCCAGCACUAGCAAUGGUGGUAAAGGAAUGAAGCGUACGACAGUACAGCAUCAGCAACUACCACCAAGACCAAAGCUCGUUCCGCAAUAUCCUUCUGCCGAAACCCCUCGCCCGCCCGUCUCCGCCUUUCACGAUGAAGAGCCAGUAUGCCUUCCAUUCUUUCUCUCCGGUCUCACCCAACCAACAUCUGAAUCGGGAGAAUGGGUCUCUGUGAUCACUGCGCCUGCCUACGCACCAUUUGAAAGCUGGCUAAACGUAAUGCAGAGUUUGAUUCGACAUCCAGAACGAAACUCAGGCAAUAUUCUGCGGGCCGAUAUCCUCAGCGAGACCUGCGCUCAACAAGAUGAGGGAGGUGGCAAGCAAGGAGGGUGGAAAAAGCAAUGGACAAUACGACGAGCGUUGCUCCCAAGAAGACCAAAUUUAGAUUGGAGGAUGGAACAGGAUUGUUCCCUUCACUACCGCCUCCACCCUCACAGUGCAGGAGAGGAACACGGAGAGGAGGGGGUGGAGGAAGCAGCAGUUAUAUACACCCCUUUGAUAGGUGCCGAAUCUCAUCCCAAAAUGACUAUACCCGAAGAGGGUAGGGGAGGACUGGGUCAAGCAUCACCAACGGAAGCCUACAUUCCAUUCUACCACCCAAAAGUCCGCGCUUUAGCCUUCCACUACCACCCCCACCCCUCCUCUUCCACCGGCAACACUGAAGAACCAACAAUAUACGGCCGACUCAGUAUAUCCCUAAUCCCCUUCCCCCCCACCACCUCUUCCCAACCCGAACCAUUCCCCGCUACCCACCGUCUAACCCGAGUCGCACUCUCACUCAUAACCACCCUCCAUACGCACACAUGGGGCGACCUGCACAGCUACCAAAAACGAGUUCAUCACGACCAAAUCGUCCCCCGCACCCUCUAUCAAGAUCUCUACCUCUCCCUCAAAACCAAAUAUGCUUCAGAGUUGAUCGCGGGUUGGGCAGAAGCUACGGAUCCGACAAAACACGUUUUUGAAGAGAUGGGAAUCGCUGCGUUUCUCAUUUCUCUUUGGAGUCUUGAAUAUGGGAAAGAGGAGGGUUGGAAGGGGAGGGUGAAAUUUGUUGAUGUUGGUUGUGGGAAUGGUUUGUUAACCUACAUACUUUCGCGGGAAGGCUUCUCGGGUGUAGGGCUGGAUUUAAGAGCGAGGAAAAGCUGGUUGAAUUACAGCUCGAAAGGUGCGAUGUUGAAAGAGUGGACGUUUACUCCCGCCUCCCUCCUCCAACACCGAGAUGAAGAGGGGAGAGACGUAUGGGAGGGGGCGUUUUUGAUAGGAAACCACGCAGACGAACUUACACCUUGGAUUCCCGUUUUAGCGACCCACAAUAACUGUGCGGGUUUUAUAAACCUGCCAUGCUGCUACUACGGUCUGGAUGGUACAAGAGAUUUUCCUUUGUUGCUGAAAGGAAAGGGAGAGGCGGUAUCGAGGAACGAACAGUACCUAGCGUACGUCUCGAUGUUGCAUGAGAGGUUCGGAUGGAACUUAGAGUCAGAGGCGUUGAGAAUUCCGAGUACUAAGAAUUGGUGUUUUGUUGGUCGAACCUGGCUGCCCACUUCCACCGGGGACCAGGGGAGGGAGGUGAUAAGGGAUAGAAUUCAAGAAGCGAUCCAACAAGCCCUCACUCGUGGAUGGGCCGCUCGCACGUCCACAAAGUAA